GGCCGAGGGACCAGGGACUAGCUCGCGCCUUUUUGAGCUCGUCUUUUCCUCCAUCGCGGUUUUGUCUAUCUUCAAGUUGCUUCUUUGGCUAUUGGGGCGCUCUUCACCUUCGUUUGGUUGUUCUGACCAUAGUCUUUCUUUCGAGACAAAAAAAAAAAAAAACAUAUCCAAUCAUUUUUGCGGCGUUAAGAGAAGACAAAAGUCAAUUGGCUCACAAAGUUUGGAUAGAAAAGGACACAGGAAUCAAAAGAGACUGAUACUCUACGACUGCUUUUGAUCUAGGGGACUUUGCAUAAACACAUUCACUCCGAUUGACACCGGAAGCUACGACUCAGCCAUGAAAUUCAACGCCUUCUCAUCUCGUGUCGCUGCGGUGUGCGUCCUCUUUGCGGCUGUGGAGGCAUCGGGACACAAUCAUGGCCACAUACAUUCUCGAAGGCAUCAGCAUGUCUCCGCUCAGCAGAAGGAUCAAGUGGAAAAGAGAGCAGUGACAUGUGACUUCCCAACGGAUGAAGGCCUGGUUGCAGUCACUCCAUCAGAACAGAAUGCCGGGUGGGCUAUGGCUCCGGAUCGCCCAUGCAAGGCUGGACAAUGGUGCCCAUAUGCCUGUCCAUCUGGCAUGGUAUCCAUGCAAUGGAACCCAGAAGUGACAUCGUACACCUACCCAGGAUCCAUGGAUGGCGGUUUGUACUGCGACCACAACGGGAAUUUGCAAAAGGGUUUCCCGGACAGGCCUCUUUGUGAACCAGGAACGGGAACAGUUUCGGUCCAGAACAAGUGCAGCAGUGGUGGUGUCUCGUUUUGUCAAACGGUCAUGCCUGGUCUCGAGGAUAUGAUUAUUCCCACCUGGGUUGAGGGCACGGCCAAUCUUGCUGUUCCUGGGAGUACCUUUUUCGCUGAGACCGCCGCUCACUAUUACAUUAACCCGCCGGGUGUCAGUCCCACUGACGCAUGCGUUUGGGGAGAUUCAAGUAAGGCAAUCGGCAACUGGGCUCCUUUCGUGGCUGGUGCGAACACGGAAAGCGAUGGCAGAACAUACGUCAAACUUGGUUGGAACCCGAUUUAUACCAAUGCGUAUAGCAACCAGGUCCCGGAGUUCGGCAUGGAAAUUGUCUGUGAUGGCGAUGGCUGUGAAGGCCUCCCCUGCAAAUUUGACCCGGCCAGCAAUGGAUUCAACGAGAUGACAGGGGAUUAUACGAUUGGUGAUGGUGGUGCCGCGUUCUGUGUGGUCACUGUUCCUUCGGGCAAGAAGGCCAAUAUCGUGGUGUUCGAGGGAUCUGGCAGCGACUCUGCUUCAACAACCUCAUCUUCGAGCUCUGUGGCCCCCACCUCCACGUCGAAAUCUUCUAGCUCGAAAGCAACGACGACUUCCAGCGCUUCUUCGACGAGCAGUCCUGCUUCUAGUACCACUUCAUCAGAUGCAAGUGCCUCUGGGGCGAGUUCUAAGAAGGGCUCACACCAUGCCUCCGCAACCUCUUCGGGCGGCAGCAUUGCUUCUGCCAGUGCAAGCUUCUCCUACGCUCCCCAUGUGUUCAUUGAGACAGGCUCCUCCAAUAAUACCAUGCCCAGCCAGACGUCUUCGAUGACCACCAUGACCACCAUGACCUCUGCGGCGUCUACAGCCUCGUCUACAGCCUCUGCCAAGGCUUCCGCGACCUCGACUUCCAGCGCUGCGUCUUCAAAUGCAGUGUCUUUCAUGGGCUUCAUUGUGACCGUCUUCGUUGCCGGUCUCCUGUCAAGUGCAUAGGCCGGCACUGCCGCCAGCUUGUCGCUGUCCCUCGUGCCAGGGAGAUUUCCAAAGCACCAUCUCACGGUCCUUUUUCACGUUCGAUUCGUCAGGGGACCAUUUGACGACGAUUUAUACGUGCGCUAGAUAUUUUAACGACCUUCGACUGCAUAUAUUUAUUCAAAACAUACCUUCGAUUCUGGCAAUUCCCAUUCAUUCUUCGACCGGAGACUCUCUGCGCCGCCGAU